AUGGCCAAAUCUAGACGCAACCGCGCCGCUGCGCGCAAAGAUCCCAUCGCAAAACCCGUCAAGCCGCCUUCGGACCCAGAGCUCGCCGCCCUGCGCGAGUCCAAGAUUCUCCCCGUCAUCAAGGACCUCAAGAGCACCGACACCAAGAAGCGCACCGCCGCCGCGUCUGCCAUCUCCAACAUUAUCCACGACACCAAGUGCCGCAAGCUGCUGCUUCGCGAGCAAAUCGUCCACACCGUCCUCAACGAGACCAUCACCGACACAGCUCUCGAGAGCCGCGCUGCAGGAUGGGGCAUCCUGCAGGUGCUUGCCCAAGAAGAAGAAGCAGAUUUCUGCAUUCACCUUUUCCGAUUAGAUGUCCUGACGGCCAUUGAGUUUGCUUCAAACAAGGUGAGUUGCUUUCACGGCUGGUGGUCUCUCUUACACACACGCACGUCCUUGAAUACUAACUGGGACCUGCAGUUCAUACAGAGAAUCACCGCCACCGAACCAGCCUUUUCUAAACUCCCCAAAGCCGAACAACACACAAUCAUCAGCAUUAUCGCUUCUCUCUUGUCCCUCCUAACAGCCUUGGCCGAGGCCGGUGACGACAUGCUCGAGGCUAUCGCAUCCAACACUACGCUUACACAGCUUCUCGUCGUCCUCAUCACAAAACAUAACGAUAUCUCGGGCGAAUCCGACGGCGUAUCCACACUCCGAUCCGACGCCCUAGCCUGCCUCAUGUUGCUGUGCGAGGACAACGACAAGUUGGCACAAGCUAUAAGCGUUUCCGGCACCAGCACCUUUGAGACGCUCCUGUCGCUCAAGGACAGACUCGAUGGGGAGGGCGUCUUGGCCUGCGCCGUCUUACACAACCUUUUUGCCUCGUUGGAGGCGUUAAAAGAUGCAUCCGUGCCCACCAAAGUCGACCAGUCCAUUUUAAUACCCACUCUUACCAAAGUUCUCGCUUCGUAUUCUGCUGAUGAGCCGCCGCCGACCGGCGAGAGCUGGUCCGACCCGGCCCAGUACCAGCAGCUUGCCCUCGAGACCAUUGCCUCUAUUGGCACCAGCCUGACUGCUGCCAUGGGUGGCCCUGCGGAAGCUUCCCACCCUGCUGGCAAGAACAAACCACCUGCUCCCCAAGAAGAAGCCGUGGACGAUGACCUAGAUAUGAACGAGGCGGAUGAUGAUGUAAACUCAGAGAGCGGGGGCGAGGGAAUGCACGAGGAGGAAGAUGAGGACGAGAUGACCCUUGAAGAAAUGCAAGCCGACAUGGAUAUGGUCCUUGGCGGCGAUGACGACGAAAACAUUGAUGAUCAUCCCGUUCUGCAAGCGCUGCUAGAAAAAGCGCUACCCGAGCUCAUCCGCAUUGCCGCGUCCCAACCCUCAAAUGAACUUGCCAUGGCCAUGCAGGGCCAUGCCCUCUCCGCCCUCAACAAUAUUGCGUGGUCCCUCUCCGUCGUGGAUUUUUCCGAGCCCCAGAAUGCCAGCGUCCUCGCCGCUUGGUCACCAACCGCAAAGUCCAUCUGGAAACAAGUCAUCUCGCCCAUCCUAGCCUCCGACACGGCCGAUCUCGGCCUCGCCACGCAGGUCACCGGUCUUUCUUGGGCCAUUGCCCGUGCCUUGCGCAGCAAGACCCCUCUGCAGCCCGGCGAGCAGCGCAAGUUCAUCACCCUCUACCAGGCCACCAGGGGCGGCAGCGCCGCCAGGCAAGACGCGCCGGACCAGGACCCCUUCCAGAGUCUCGGCGUCAAGUGCAUCGGCGUCGUGGGCCAGCUCGCGCUGGAGCCGUGCCCCGCGGACAUGAACCGCGAGCUCGGCACGUUUCUCGUCACCGUCGUCUCGGCGCUGCCGCAGACCCCGGCCGCCGAAGCCGUCGAGGCGCUCAACCAGCUCUUUGACAUUUACGGCGAAGAAGCUUACGCAUACGACGCCGACGUGUUUUGGGCCGACAACUUUGUCAAGCAUCUGGAGGAGGCCAUCCCCAAGGUGCGGGUCAUGGUGAAGUCGGUGGAGAAGAAGACCCAAGCGGAGUUGAGACUGCGGGCUGAUGAGGUCCUCAUGAACCUGACAAGGUUCAUCUCCUACAAGGUUAAGCACAAGCCUAAGAAUUGA